UGGGAACGAGAGGUGGUGUGGCUUCUCACGCUCUGAUAUCUGCUUCAGUCUCGCUCCUUAAAGCUACCAACAGAUACUUCUAGUUAAUGACGCAGUGUUCACUCACGCGAUAUCCCGGCAGGUGUAUGACGCUGAUCAGAUAACGUGUCGGUCACUGAAACGAAUAUUUCAAUAUUACUUUUCAACUCCUAAAACUUUUAAAAAGUUAGCGCGUGAUAUUAAUAUCCCAAAAUUGGGAAAUAAAUUAUAUAAAAGGGGAAGAAAAUACACCUAAAACUGAAAAUAAAAGCACUUUUAAAUCUUAAAUAACGUAUAAUAUAGCGUAGGUUAAACAUGACAAGUACCACACAUGACUUAGGAUUCUUACAGAAACACUCCAGGAGAAAAUGUUGUCUUGUGGAGAGAGAGUGUGUGUGAAAGUGAAGGUCGCACGUGAGCGGUGAGUUGACUCUCAGGGUAGACAUGUGUACGGCCAUUCAAGUGCCUCGUGAGGGCAUGAGGUGUCUUGUGAGGGCGUGAGGUGCCAGACGUGAGGCGUGAGGUACCUAGGGAGCCACCAUGAGAGGGCCACCAGUCGGGACGCUACUGGCACUAUUCCUGCUGGCGUUGUCUUGUCCUCACACUCAGCCUACGAUAAGUGUCGCUCCUGAAGGAGAGGAAGCAGAGAAGGAGGAGUGGUGGGGGAAAGGCCAGGCCCUCCAGCCGCAGUUCGACAACAUUCCCUCCAACGUCACAGCCAAGGUGGGAGAGUCAGCGUUCCUUCCCUGCACAGUCUCGAACCUUGGCGACAAGUCGGUGACUUGGAUGAGGCAGCGAGACCUUCACAUCCUGACAGCCGGGAUCUUUACGUACUCCGCUGAUGAUCGCUUCACGGUGGUGCACGCGGAGGAGUCCAAGGACUGGACGCUGCAGAUUAAGUACGCUACGAUGCGGGACUCUGGGAUUUAUGAGUGUCAUGUCAACUCCGAUCCCAAGAUCAGCCGCCAGGUGGCUCUCCGGGUCAGAGAGCACAGUCAGCUAGACGAUCCUGCCUUCAGAGGCCGCCUCACCACCAGCACUCUCCCCACUCCGUUGGUGACGAUCGAGGGACCGGCCGAGCGCCACAUCCAGGCGGGUAGCGUCUUGACCAUCACGUGCAUCAUCCACCAUCCGCCAGGUCAGCCACCCGCGCACGUUCUCUGGUUCCACGGCGCUACCAACAUUGACUACGACUCCCCUCGCGGCGGCGUCUCCAUACAGACAGAGAAGUUCCCCAGCAAGACCCGGAGUCAGGUCAUGUUGUCCAACGUCCGGGACUCUGACACCGGGGAGUACAGCUGCAGCCCGUCUGAUCUCCCACCCUCCGUCAUCGCCGUCCACGUGCAGCAUGGACAGCACCAGGCCGCGGUACAGCAGGGAGGCUUGAGCUCGGCUCCUGUCACCAACCCCGUCACCCACCUCCUCCUGCUGCUGCUGCUGAUGAUGAUCCAGCGAGUGAAGACCUGGCAGUGAAAGAGGCACUCUUCUGGCAGUGAGGGAGGCACUCUUCUGGCAGUGAGGGAGGCACUCUUCUGGCAGUGAGGGAGUCACUCUUCUGUCAGUUAGGGAAGCACUUUCCUGGCAAGAAGGGCGGUACUUACUGUCGUCUCACCCGUGACUGGCUGCCAAUUAGUGCUCUCUUCAUCUACCACCAAUCAUGGGGACCUCUGGUCGCUUACAUGGGGGACUCAAAUCACUUAAAGUGUAUGUGACGAACUGGCUGUGACGACCAUAUUUAAUUUCGACCAAUAUUAAUCAGGGUGGUUUUACAUCCUGACUUGUGGAAGGGGUAAGACCAGUAUUAAAUGAUUUAUCGUGGCGUUAGUCCUGAGAUUGGGUGACCGUCUCGGUGGGGGAGCUCUGAUACCUCCCCAAAAGGUCACUUUCCGCCGUUAAUAAGAAAUGUGGGGGUCACAAACUAGCAAUGAGGAAUAUGGUGUUGGGAGGCCGAUCUCCAAGAAAAAACCCCUGCUCACCAGGUGCUAUUUGAAACAUAACUUACUGGAAUCUGCAGCGAUAAUGGUUACAAAGUGGGUUAUGAACGUUAAAAGUUAAGAAUAUUCGUUCGGAAAAGAAAUUUGCCACCGGUUUAGUCUUUUGUGGUGUGAUGUGUGUGCGGAGCAAUGAGCAUAAACUACACGGCUGAUUAGGUUUUGGUCGAAUUCCAAAUUCCAUCGGGCGGGUGUCAAAGUCCUCGGACACCUGCAGUAACUGGUCCAGAUGUUGUGUAGACGUGCGGGUGUGGCAGGUAUCACCCUAUUUAAAAGAAAAAUGUGUUCGUCGAAGAAACGAAUAGAAAACCAAAUUUUUUUUCUACAAAACUCUCAAAUGAUUUAGCACUCCAGACGAACAGAGCUUGUAGCAGAUCCGUAUUGUGUAGUGAUUGGACAGUCGUAUUGUGUAGUGAUUGAACAGUCGUAGGCUACAACAAACAUGAACACACAGAUUCAAUGGUCAAAUAGUUCACCCCUCCCCCCCCCCCUUCCUGUUUCGUCAUCGGUAUUCUCUGUGUAUUCAUACAUCUGUAGAAAGAACAUGAAGUGGAUGUUUCUAUAAAUGACAUUCAGUAUUUUUUUAAACCUUGAAUAUUUCCAUUAUCUGAUUUCGAAUAUUUUUCAUCACGUAUACAUAUGAGUGUAUAUAUA